AUGCAUUUAACUGUAUUACCAGAAGAGUUACUUGUAACACUGUAUCAUUAUAUUGACAAUGUCAAAGAUUGGUAUAAUAUGGCAUUAGUAUCUAAACUAAUGAAUAGGAUUGGAAAUAGUGAAUUUAUUUGGAGAUUAUAUUGUUUGAACAAUUCAAUUACAAAUAAGGAGGAGACAAAGAGUUGGAAGGACUCUUACAUCGAGUCUGUCUCAAUGAUAUCAUUAACAUUCGACCUAAAGUUUAAUGGAUUCCAUUUCGCAAGUUCACAAACAGUCAGAUUGACUAUAUGUAGAUAUACUCCAUUCAAUAAUAUUUCAAAGGAGUUGACAAAGCAUUAUGGUAUAUGUACACAUACUAGUGAGAUGCAGUGUGAGGAUCACUGUACUCAAUGGCCAAGAUAUAUACUAUGUCGCAAAGGAAUGAUAAGCGAUAGAUCUAGAUCACCAAUAGAUAUUGGUCUAGUCGAUGGUGAUCGUAUAAGAUUAUCAAACUUCUACAUA